AUGUCCCUCUUUGGCACGCGCUUCUCGUCCGCCGUCACGGCGAUCAGGGGAGAGCUCAGCGCCGCGCCUCAGACAGCGAGCGACACCAUUAUCAAGCUCGUCGACAAGAUCCAAACGUCCCCGCUCGUCGAUGACCGCCGUACCGCUGUCCUGGGCCUCAAGGGCCUGAGCCGUGACUGGAAGCUCGACGUCGGCAAGGAGGCCUUCCCUUCUCUGCUGGCUGUGCUUGAGCAUGACGCUCCUUACAACAUCGAGAUUGCCAAGGCCGUCCUCGAGACACUCAUGGUCCUCUGCGAGACUGCCGAGAAGCCUCAGAAGGAUGACCUCGGCCUGCGUCACAUUGACAUCUUCCUCGAGGAACCCAAGCCAUUCCACUCGGUCCUUGGACUGUUGUCCGACUCGCCUUCCUUCUACCCACGUUUCUACGCCCUCCAGUUCCUCUCACAGAUCCUCACCGCUCGUCCAGGCCUUGCUCAGAGCUACAUUCUGUCGGCACCUCCUCCAGGUGUCGAUGGCGUUCUCACUGUGCUCGACCCCAAGGCCCCGGCUCCAGGGCAGCAGGGUACCGCAGUGUCUGGCGGUGGAGGCGAGAUGCUCCGCAACGAGGCUCUUCUCCUUCUCCCUGCCUUGCUCGCUGGCAAUGCCGACUUGCAGAAGAUUAUCGCAUUCUCGGGCGCGUUUGAGAGGACUCUUGACAUUAUCCGUGCCGAGAACGGGAUCGAGGGCGGCAUUGUCGUCCAGGACGCAUUGACAGUUAUCAGCACGCUGCUGCGCUACAAUGUUUCCAACCAGAACCUCUUCCGCGAGCUCUCGCUCAUGCCUUCCCUUCCUCCCAUGCUCCACUUCCCCAGCCCCCUCACUCCCGAUGUGCCCGCCCCAGACGCGUUUGCCCUCCAGGACUGGCCGGAGCAAAAGCUCUACAACGCUGGUAUGGUGCUCGGUUUGAUACGCACACUCGUCGGCGGGCCCGGCGGCAGCAACCAGUCGGCCAUGGCCAACGGCGGUGUUACACGCUGCCUUCUCGAGCUGUCGCUGGCUUCCAACGCUCCCAACGGUCUCAAGUGCCAGGCUCUCAACACCCUCACACCCAUCAUGCUAUCGAGCGUCGCCAACCAGGCCCUCCUGUCCACCCUCAUGCUCUCGCCCCUCGUCCCGGUUCACGCUGACGAGGAGCACCCGAACGGUGGCUUUAUCCGCCUUCCCGCACGCCCAGCAGUCGUUGCGCUCGUGGCGUCGGUCAUUGAGGGCGACCCCAGCGCCGGUGGCCAUGGCCUCCGUGGCCGUGCUGCCGGUGUCAACAUGUUCGAGGCGUAUGUGACUGGCAAUGACGAUGCCCGUAUCGGCAUCCUGUCGUCCAUGGUGCCUCCGCCUGCGGACAACCCGAACGCCAACUUCCCCGAUGACCCUCAGUCAGCAGGCUCGCUGAUCAUGUCGGGUCUGCUCGACUUCCCAUCUAGCGAGGCUCCUUUCGACCCGUACCGUCCGCUCUUCUCGUGUCUCCUCCUUGCACACCUCAUCCGCAACUCUGAGCACGGCAAGAAGCUGGCUCGCGAGAUCUCGUUCCCCUCGGGUGACGCCGACGAGGCUGUGGCAGAAGACGACGACGACCGCGUGUCGCUCCUCCAGCUUAUUGUCGGCAACCUCAUGAUGGCGUCGCGCGAGCAGACGGACGCUGCCAACCGUGCCGCCAAGGAAGGCCACGGCAGCGGCGAGGAGGAGGACUGGACCCGCGUCAUUGUCGGCUACCUCGUUCUCCUGUCCACCUGGCUCUGGGACAGCCCCAAGAGCGUCCGCGAGUUCCUUAGCGAGAGUGCCAACCUGCAGGUCCUCAUCGGCCCGAUCACCCAGCCCACCGGUAUUGACCCACUUGUGCAAGGCUUGUGCGCGUUCCUCCUCGGUGUCUGCUACGAGUUCAACCGCGAGCCUGGAGAGAUUACACGCGCGACAUUGCACCCCAUCCUGCACUCGCGCAUUGGUCCCGACCAGUUUGUGUCGCGCAUGGCCCGUCUGCGCGAGGACCCGCGCUUCCGCGCCGUCCAGCCAGACGCGUUCGACACCGAGGGCGAGGACGCCACCGCCGCCGUCCAGAGCGAGGACAAUGAGGACACUGAGGAGGGCCUCGAGCUCUGGUUUGACUGGGCGUUUGUGGAUUUCUGGAAGAACCACUACUACACCAUCCAGAGGUCCAUCGCUGUCGAGCCGGACGCGGUGCGCGGUCCCCCCGUGGACGAUGGCGAGAGCGCCGAGAUUAUCAUGUCGCUCCGCGCCAAGCUCAAGGCACAGACGGACGAGGUGGUGUCCCUCCAGACCCAGCUGAGCAGGAAACAAGACGAGCACGCAAGGGACAAGGAGACCAAGGAGACGCUCAGCAGGGACAAGGACACACUGGUUGCCGAGAUUGACUCGCUCACGGCUCAAGUCGCGACCCUCACUGCCGCUGUUGACGCCGCCAAGUCGGGCUCCAACUCUGAACUCGAGACCCUGCGCUCCGACCUCGCCGCUGCCCGCGGCCAAGUGUCGUCGUCGCUCGCCGACUCGGCCGCGCACGCCGAGACCAAGACCCAGCUCGAGACAGUCCGUUCAGAGCUGGACACCGUCCGCGCCGAGCUCGACAGCGUGCGCGCCGAACACGCCGUGACCCUCGACAAGCUCACUGCCAAGGAAGCCGAGCCCGUUCCGGCGCCUGCGCCCGCUGGCCUGUCAGACGAGGACAAGGCGAAAUUCGCCCAGCUCGAAGCUGACCUCGCCGAGGAAAAGGACAAGGCAGCCGAGUCGGCCAAGGAGCAAGAGGACCUGCUGGUCCUCCUCGAGGAGCUGAGCCAGAAGCGCAAGCGCGACAAGGCGGCCAUGCGCGAAAAGGGCCUGGAUGUCAGUGACGACGAGGAGGAGGAAGAGGACGACGACGACGAGUAG